AUGUCUUCUCCGCCGCUUACCGUGCGAAAUUUGACGCAAACGGUCAUAUCGAUAGCACGCAUUGAGCGGUUUGAAGAUCCCAAUACCCUACAGUCAAAAGCGAGAGGAUACGUCUUCAGCUCAAAGAAUACGACUACCUUGGCUCCUACAUCACCUGAACUCAGCGGACACGCGCAAAGCUUCAUCCACCAAGAUAUGAACAUCACACUCCAGCCUUUUGAAUCAUACACGCUGCGUUUCUCCGACUCAGCAGAGGCUGGAGCCACGACAAAACUGUCAAGUCCAACUCUUCGCCUCAUCAUACAAACAGGCCAAGAACGCCACCGCGUCGACACUCACCCUUCAUACACACAAAAGUCUACCCAAACCUUCACGCCGCUUUCGGGAAACUCGCUGCCACCAACAUACAAGGCGCUUUUUCAUCCGUCGAAACCAAUUCCGCAUCUGGCCAUUCAUUCCAACCACAUUUCCAGAUACACCUCAUGGAUGUCAGCAUUACCAGACGAUCUCCCUCUUUCAGCCAUGAGUAUACCUGGAACUCACAACUCUCACACCCAUUACCGCGCUCUACCAUCCGUUCGCUGCCAGGUCCAUGACGUAAAGACGCAAUUGGAGAACGGAAUCCGCUUCCUCGACAUACGCGUCCAGCCCGUCCACGCAACCGACCCACAGAAAAAAGACCUGUAUCUCGUGCACGGCGCAUUCCCCAUUAGUCUGACAGGGCCAAAAUAUCUUGAACCCAUGUUAAAAAUAUGCUACGACUUCCUCGCAGCAAAUCCAAGCGAGACCGUUCUCAUUAGCCUGAAAAGAGAAGGCGUAGGCAGCGCAACAGACGAAUAUCUUGCACGCAUCCUACAAGACCACUACAUCGCCCCCAAACAAAGUCACUGGUACACUGACCCCAAAAUCCCCUACCUAGGCACCGUCCGAGGCAAACUAGUCCUAGUACGCCGCUACAACACCGCCAACCCCCCAUCCUCUCCCUCACCAUCCAACCCCCAAACUACGGGUCUAGACGCAACAGCCUGGCCCCACAACGCCUCCCACGCUCUCUUCCCCCCACACUUCCCCACACCAACGUUCUGCCUCCAAGACUUCUGCGAGGUCCUCAUCCCCGAAUCCAUCCCAACAAAACUCCAACACUGCAAUGAUCAUCUCGUCCGCGCUGCCGCCGCUAUACACCCCAUCCCAGGUGUGUCGACCGAUGUCGUGAAUCCCGUACCGCCAGGCCCGCUAUACCUGAACUUCCUGUCUGGAAGCAAUUUCUGGAAGAAGGCGUGUUGGCCGGGUGCGAUUGCCAAGAUUGUGAAUAAGGGAAUGGAGGAGUGGCUUUGUGGGGGUCAUCAUCUGGAGCGGCCGGCGAGAGAGACGAGAGAGCCGGGGGAGGUGGAGGAGAGUAGGGAAAUGAGUGGUGGGGUGAAGAGGGCGGGGAGCGGGGAUGGGAGUACAGGGGUUGUGGUUAUGGAUUGUGUGGGUGAGGGUGGGGAUUGGGAGUUGGUGAGGUUGGUGGUGGGUAUGAAUAUGGGUGUUUUAUUGAAGAUGAAGGCGUGUGUUGGAUGA